ACGGAGCGCAAUUAAUUUUUUCAAGUUUUUAAAAUUGAUUCAAAUCCAGUUUUGACGUCGUCCAUCUAGUUAGCUUGUGCUCUCCGCGGCCGAAUUGAAUGAAAAUAAAUUUCUGAAAUCAAGUGUAAAAAUUUGCAUAGUGUAUACCGCUUAUAUAUAAAUAUAUAUAGAGCAGAGCCAACCAAACCUAGCCAGAUAGCUACACCUCACCGGUAUCUUUUUUUUGUGAAUCCAAAGCAAACAAAAAACAACUUAAGAUGGCAUCCACAGCCCCAGCACUUAAGGAUCUGCCCAAGGUGGCCGAGAACCUGAAGAGCCAAUUGGAGGGUUUCAACACGGAGAAACUGAAGAAUGCCAGCACCCAGGAGAAGAUAAUUUUGCCCACAGCCGAGGAUGUGGCUGCCGAGAAGACCCAACAAUCGAUCUUCGAGGGCAUCACUGCAUUCGAUCAGAACAACUUGAAGCACACCGAGACCAACGAGAAGAACCCGUUGCCCGAUAAGGAAGCUAUUGAGCAGGAGAAGGAGAAGAAUCAAUUCAUAGCCGGCAUCGAGAAUUUCGAUGCGAAAAAGUUGAAGCACACCGAGACCAACGAGAAGAACGUGCUGCCUACCAAGGAGGUCAUCGAGGCCGAGAAGAAGGCCUAAGCCAAAAUGGCAGGCGCAUCCAGCAUUGCCAACUACGUUGCAUCUCUCUUAAGCGCAUACAAAAACACACACACUCUCACACUCACACACACACACUAUACGUAUAUAUGUUUUUUUUUCCUUUUUCCAUUUGCUAAAACCAUCAAAACGAACAUUCAGUUCAGGCUAACGUACAUACGAGUAAUAGAAGGAGAACCCACGAAGCACAGACUCAAGCCGCCUCAUUCGCCGCCAUCCAUCAGAAAAGCUCCACAAUAACUUGAACAAUUACCGGAAUGGCAUUGCCAGUCAUUGCAGCGAUGGUUGGUGGGGGGAGAGAGAAAGAGAGAGCGAGAGAGAGACAGAGAGAGAGAGCUUGCAACACAGAUCGUGAGACUGUUACUGUACCACAUCCAAUAAAUUAUUGUCUGCCUGCUUGAAAAAGUAUUUUUUUUAUUAUUAUUUUUUUACAUGUAUGUAUUUUGGUUUUCUCUUUGCAAAUUGUAUUAUGUACUAACAAAGCUGCCGAUGCCGCCGUAGCCGUAGCCGUCGCCGCUGUUGCUGGCAACACAGUGUCUCAUUCCUACAAACGUAUUUAACAUUAAACAUUCGUCUAUAAAAAAGCCCCCUCCCCCUAUAAAUAUAUAUUUGUGCAUAAUUGUUUCCAAAACACACGAAAAAACCACUUACUUUACUCAAAUGAAA